CCGGAGUCACUUAAACGUGUUCAAAAUUUUUCUUUGAUUUGAUUUGAUAACCGGAAAAUAAUUGUUCCUUUUUUAGUGAAUUAAUUUAAUUGUGUCAAUUUAUUUUCUUUUUUUUCAAUUGUUUAUUGGAAACUUUGGGAUUUUAUUUAUGGAAAGAAAACCAUUUAUAGCUCCUGAAACUCAGGACAAUCCAAGAGGAUGGGGACCUUGUUCCAUAGCGGAAGCGUAUAAGGAUAUGCCUUACCAGCCUUUCUCUAAAUCUGAUAGACUUGGAAAGAUUGCUGAUUGGACUAAUCAAACUUAUGCCGAUAAGCGAAUGGCCAGUAAAUACAAUUCUCAGUUUGGUGUAGGUGCACAAUAUGCUUACAUUCAAGAGGAUGAUGAGAGCUCCUUCCAGUUGGUUGAUGCCGGUCGGGGUACUACUAAAGUUCAACGAGGUAAACUUAAGAUUGGUCAAAGGGUUCGUUCAAGAGGAGGUAAAUCUGGUCCUGGUGGUAUGCAAGUUUUAUCUAAAAAUUUAAGAGGCUCAGGUCGUGCAGUUGGUGGUCAGACUCGAGGUGGUAAAUGGCCUGCUAAAAAUGUCGGCAUGAAAGGUAGAUAUGAUCAGAAAGGAGCUGCUGCUAUGAAGAAAAGGGAAGCAUCGGUUGCUAUUAAAUCUACAUGGAAGAUUAUUGAAGAAAUGGAUUUUCCUCGUUUGGGUAAACUAUCAUUACCCUCUGUUGUUGAGCCUAAAGAUAUUAAAAAAUGUGGGGCUAUGGACUUUUACGAUAAACUUUAUGAUAGAGUGACUUGUAAAAAUGAGAAAAGAUUAAUCAGAGUGAAUAGAGUUUUCCACAAAGUUACCACCACCGAUGAUCCAAUUAUCCGUCAAUUGUCAAAAACUGAAGGAAACAUUUAUGCUACCGAUGCCAUUAUUGCUACAUUAAUGUGUUCCACUCGAUCAGUUAUUUCAUGGGAUUUACUUGUUCAAAAAGUUGGUGACAAAUUAUUUUUCGAUAAGAGAGAUGACUCAGAAUCUGAUCUGCUUACCGUUAAUGAGACAGCCGCUGAUCCACCUUAUUACGAUGAAGAUACCAAAAAUAGUAUUAAUUGGCCGAAAAAUUUAGCUCUGGAAGCGACAUUCAUUAACCAUAACUUUUCACAGCAAGUUCUUAAACAAGGAGAGGAACGAUUUGAAUUUCCAGAAAAAAAUCCAUUCGUUUCAGAAGAUGAAAUUGAACAAGUUGCUUCUGUUGGUUAUCGAUAUCGUAAAUUUGAUCUUGGUGAUGAUAUUCAGCUAAUCUGUCGUUGUGAACAUGAUGCGGUCACUCAUGGAUCGGGUAAAGAUGAGAUUCAAUUUAUGAACAUCAAGGCUCUUAAUGAAUGGGAUUCAAGACACUCUGGUGGAAUUGAUUGGCGACAAAAAUUGGAUGUACAACGAGGAGCAGUUCUGGCAAACGAAUUGAAAAAUAACUCUUGUAAACUUGGUAAAUGGACUGUCCAAGCGCUUCUCGCAGGAUCUGAUUAUAUUAAAUUUGGAUACGUGUCUCGAGUUCACAGUCGUGAUAGUACUAAACAUUCAAUCCUUGGUACUCAACAAUUUAAACCUAAAGAAUUUGCUGAUCAAAUUAAUUUGAAUAUGGACAAUGCUUGGGGUGUCCUUCGAUACAUCAUAGAUACUUGCAUGAAAUUACCUGAGGGCAAAUAUCUUCUUCUUAAGGAUCCCAAUAAACCAGCUUUACUUUUAUACGAUAUUCCCAAUGACACUUUUGAAACGGACGAUGGAGAAAGUGGAUCUGACGAUGAUGAUGACAAUGAUAAUUGAUCAAAACUUAUGUUUUCCAUGUCGUAAUUGUUUCGUAUCCUCAUCAUUUACUUUCAAAUGUAAUAAGGUGAUGAUAAUAUGAAGCAAGAGAAAAAAAAUCAACGUUUGUCAAUCUAAACGUAACACUUAUAAACAUCAACAAUUGUCCAAUGAACUUCAACUAAUCCGAUAUUUAUAGUAACAUCAAUCAUGAAAAAAGAUACAUUUAUGUUAUUGGUGAUUAAAUAUCAAUGACUCUCCUCUUAACAAAUCAAAAAAAAAACUUGAUUAAACAUCACAAUUGAUUUGAUUCUAUUCAUUGUGUAACUUUAAAGUUGUAAUAAUAAUUGUAAAAUUAUUAAUCCAGCAA